AUGAGUACGGCUCCGCGUAAAGGAACGCGACGAGCAUGCGAUCCUUGUUCUGUUCGGAAAGUGCGAUGUGAUGGUGUUCAGCCAUGCUCACGAUGCGAGGCUGCGAGCUGGGAAUGCACCUAUCUCAAAACUCACGGCAAAUCCGGACCCAAAGGACCUCGCCGAACGACAGAAGCUGCCAUCAGGAGAUUGCAAGAACGUAGCAAAACCAAUCACGACGAAUCGAGAAGCAACAGCGACGCCAGUUGCGAUACUGGAAGCCCAACCGCCACCGAGAUACAUUUCAGCAAAUCGCCACCACCUAUCAACGAUGCAGACAUCGAUGGCCUGGUAUGGCCACAACCAAUUAGUCCAACCUUCCCGACAGCUAUCAAGGAGCCUCAACGGAUAUCGACUUCUUGUAUUGCGCAGUAUCUGGAAAUUUACCAAGCCCGAGGAUAUGGCAUAUGGCCCAUUGUUGACGCCGAUGCCCUGAUUGCUCACCUCCUCACCCAUUCAGACGACAUGGAAGCCUAUGGGCUUGCGACAGCUAUCUGUGCCGCCAUCGUGAGCCAGUUCUCCCUCGACGCCGAGCCAGGUAGUCCAGUUGAAUGUCACUAUCGGAUAUCGAGUGGCACGUUCGAAGCAGAGGCAAAGAUGGCACGGGACGACUCGGACCACAUGGAACUCGUGACUACGUCUUCUCUAUUGAGCAGCUUCUUUCUGCAUGUUUAUUCUGCCAAUAUCGGCCGUAUGAACGUAUCGACAGUCCUGCUCGGCGAGGCCAUCACCAAAGCACAUAUCCUUGGUUUGUACAAGCCAUCGUACUACCAAGGCAUGACUGUUGAGCAAGUGCAGCACUACCUAAGGAUCUACUGGCUUCUCUUCAUCACGGAAAGGGCGCAUUCCCUCCAGCAUGAUGUACCGAUCAUGCUGAAAAGAGCACCAGAUCUUCCCCCUUUAGAAAACCUUGAGGACGGGUCAGUUACACCUGCAUUUGUUCAACUGUGUCGUCUUUUCAACAUUCUCGACGUCACCAUCACUGCGGAUCCCACGACCGCUCGUAAUGCACUCGCUCUCGCUCAGCAACAACUUAGCAAUGACGAAGCCCCUCUCAGCCUAGAGAACGAACUUCAACGUGCUGACAUCUCCAUGACUCAGCAGUGGAUGCGUAUAUUCCUUUGGCAACACGCACUCAAUGUCACCAACAUGAGUAGCGAGAACGAGUUUAAUGAGUUCUCGUUUACUUUCCCAGCUCAGGUAGCGCAAACUGUACUGAGUAAUCUGAGCAACCUGUCGAAACAAAGCAUCGAGGCGCACGGGCCUGGCAUGGAAGCAAAGCUCUUCGACGUUGCCAACUCGCUCGCAGAUGUCAUGAUGAUCAUGCCAUCUUUGAACCACGAGUCGCAUUUUGAGUUUGGACCCAGAGACCUGAUCCACUCACUCUCACAGGUGCUUUCUUCAUUCCGAGGUGGCAAUCCUGCGGUAAUGAGCAUCUUGCAAGAGAAGAUGGCCGCAUUAGGUCUCUCUGUGGGUUCCCCCCAAAGGUUGCUCGAACUUUCCUCGCCAGAAGAAGAGCAUGAGGUAUGGCAUGGCGAGAGGUCGAUGUCGGCACCUUCCAGCCAUCGCCCGUUUGUCAACAAGAAGCCUUUGCCGCCUAGCUUUGCCAAGAGCGUGAGCAUGGACGGAGAUUAUUGA